CCGGCGCACUCUAUGGUCACAACCCGCCCACCCCAACAGCGAGAAAGAGAGAGAGAGAAGGAGAGGGUGGCCUAGUGUGGAGAAUGCCCGCGGCUCCGCUUUUCUGAGGCGCUGAAGGGAGGAGGGAGGCGCCGUCUCUUUCGAUCCCGGCGCGAAGCCGAGACGGAGCCUCUGAGGCUGGCUAUGGAAGAAGCGCACAAAACCAGCACUAGCAAUUCAGCAACACCCCCACAAACACCAUCUUUACAAGGUACCGCUCUACAAGCAGCUCAGCUUUCUCGUGUUUCUCAACAGAUGUCUCUUAGAGGUCCAGCUCCAGUGACUGUGGUGCAGCUUCCCGGGGAUCAGGGCCAGGGAGUAAUUCACACAGUUCAGACCUCCUCUGUCAUUCACUCACCGCAAGCACACUCAGCACAGGUAUCUUUGUCAGAGAGUGAAGAUUCACAAGAUUCUUCAGAUAGCAUAGGCUCUUCACAGAAAGCCAGAGGUAUUCUUGCACGCCGUCCAUCUUACAGAAAAAUCUUGAAUGAUCUUUCUUCUGAAGACGCAGGGGAUAGGAAAGGAGAUGAAGCAAAUCCCAAUGUCUCUACAAUCACAUCAAUGUCUGUUCCUACACCUGUUUACCAAACCAGUACCGGACAAUAUAUUGCCAUUGCACCAAAUGGACCAUUACAGCUGAGCAAUCAUGUUGGUGAAAGUGUGCAGGGUUUGCAGACUUUUGCAAAUGUUGCUGGAACUUCACUGGUACAGUAUGUGCAGACAUCUGAUGGUCAACAGAUUCUUGUUCCCAACAACCAGGUGGUUGUGCAGACUGCUUCAGGAGAUAUGCAAACGUACCAGAUACGCAGUACGUCCACCACCACUUCCCUCCCACAGACUGUUGUGAUGACAACUCCUUUGACAUCUCAAUCAACCAAGACGGAUGAUCCACAAUUGAAAAGAGAAAUACGACUAAUGAAGAACAGAGAAGCAGCCCGAGAAUGCCGUCGAAAGAAGAAAGAAUAUGUAAAAUGUCUCGAAAAUCGAGUUGCUGUCCUUGAAACCCAGAACAAAACUCUAAUUGAAGAAUUAAAAACUUUGAAAGAUCUUUACUGCCACAAACCAAGCCAUUUGUGAACAUCGGAAUCUCAGAGGGAAAUUUUUAUAUUAAUUUUUUAAAAUUCAGAUGAAAGGUCAAAAAUAAAUCUAUUCAAUCCAGCUAUCACAAAGACUUAAGAUUUUAUUUAGAAGUUUGGUGACAAGACUGCAAAAAAAGGAAACCCGUGAUCUCAUGAGGAGUUCUACUGGCACAACUGGAAUCUUCCUUAAAUCACAGAGAGGGACAUGCAUAUUCAUCCAAUCAAUCAACAGAUAUUAAUUUCCUGAUCAACAGUUGAAUUCUGGAAUGUUUGCAAGAUUUGAUUGUAGUUAAAUUGUGGAAGAACUGAGUCUUUGCCUUAGUUGAAAAUUUCUAUCAACAUAUAUAACUAACAUCGAUUUUACAUCUCCAAUAGUCAACUCUUUCCAGUUAUAUGUAUGUAAAUCUUGUUGCUUCAAAAUAUAAAUUCUAAUCUGUGUCUUUAGAAGAUAAGUGUGGUGGACAAGAGGCUGUCUUGCCCCUGAAGGGAAAAUCAGUCACUCUGAUAAGCCCAUAGGAGAGCUACUCCAGCAUCCAGUCAUCUUUGAGAAGGGGGAUAGAGAACACAGGAGGAGAGAGUUCUUCCUCAGAGAGGCAGCAGCGGCAGCUCAGGUCUGGCUCAGGAAAAAGAGAGAUGGCGUGAAGGGUAGCUCUGCUGGUAACGUGGCAGAGUGGUUUUAGCCGUAUCUCUGAGAGAAAAGAGUAGCAGUAGUAGUAGUCAAUAGUUAGGACUGUCUCUGGUGAUGAUCCAACCUCGAGCAAUUUAAUCUGUCUCUGGGGAAAGGGCAGGCUGGUGUGAGUGAAAUCCUGUGUGUAAGAGAAGAUCCUUCCUAGUGGCUAGUCAACAAAAAGUCCACUUGUUCUUUGAAAGUCUAACUUUUGUAGAAAAGUCUAACUAUUCUCUUAACCAGUCUUAACCGGUUUAAAUGUGUGUGUUCAGCCAGGCUUCUAUUUUGUCUACUUGAAGACCUGUGCGGCUGGCUUGUUCCUUUAAAACCAGCCUAUAAAUAAAUAAAUAAAUCUUCUUAGUUGUUUAUUGAGAUAACUGAGGCUGGAUUAAUAUGUAAUCUCCUUCUGUACCACAAAACAUACCUCACAGCCGCAAACCCAAAGCCUAUACAAUUGCUACCUAUGUAGUACCCCUGGAAACUGAGGGGAAGGUUUAUAGUUCAAAACAAACCAAGAUCCCAAAAAUCUUAGGAGGCUGUGUGCGUCCGCUCAGCAGGGAAAAAAUGGCUUGUCACAAUAAGUCACAAGCUUGCUAGGCAGUAUAAGUAAUGUUUGCAUUUAACAGGCAGGCAGUUUAAUUUUUUUCUAAUGCAUGCUGUGUGUUAUCACUUUUGGUAAAGGCAGUGGGCACUUUGAAGCCAGAAAGAAACUCUAGGUCAGGGGUCUGCAACCUGCGGCUCUCCAGAUGUUCAUGGACUACAAAUCCCAUCAACCCUGCCAGAAUCAGAAAGAGUGGAUGGCAAGUCCCUGAUGAUACCAAUGUAUUUGUAUGUUUUAUACAUCAGAACUAAAGUAAAUAAGAUAAAGUUUCCAGAAUGCUUUUUUGACAUAGUUGCUUGAUACAAAUUUUUCUCAAGAUAAAUUGAAAUGAACAGGUGUCAGAUAUGCUGUUUGAAGAGCCUAUUAUAUUUUCUUAGGUUAAAUAAUUUUCAAUUUCUUUAGCACUGCCCAUGUUUCAAACAAAAUGAAGUUAGUUUCAAGCCAAAGUAAAAUUCCAGUUUGAUCUACACAUGCAUACGCACACACAUAUAUUAAAUUGCACAAUAACAAUAUUCAAUUUAUAAACUAGGCAGUAAUUUAUAUGGUUUUUUUAAAAGAAAAGUUCUCGUCUUGAAACUGGUGCCUGGUAUAUUUUUGUAGCUGAAUUACUACCUUUACAAAUUCUAUAAUUGAGUUUCUAUGGAUGCUUUAAAUGUUUAUACACUUUCAGUAAACAGAAUUUCCCCACAGAUGAUGAAGUUUAUAUUUAUAUGAGAUUAAAUCAGAUGCUGUUCUUUUUAAAUAUUUCCUUAGGUAAAAUUUAAUUUAACAAAAAUUUAAAAAUAGUUUUGAGAAAAUAAGUACUAUUCAUAAAUAAUCGCGCUUGCAUUUUUAAAAUUCACUAUAAAGAUGCUAUCAGGGAUCAUAAUAUUUCAAAGAAUGUUCAAGUUUUCUGAUAUUAGUUGAAUUCUUGAGUACCCAGUAAGCAUUAAAUCAGCAAAUGGAGCUGUAUCCUAGUUAAGAUUGAAGCAUUCCAGGAAUGCCUUGUGAAGUGUUGUUAUUAAGUACAUUAUGAGAAGAUGGUGAAGCUGAGGGCAUGUAUGCUUGUUAUAGAAGUGUAAGCCUAUCUGAGAAAUAUUGGGCAAUUUUGAGAGUAUCAUUCUACAUCAAAUUCUUUUCCAUUGAACUAUUACAAUUGUGUAAUAGUCAUAUUGCAGUUGAAGACCCAAGCUCUCUCAACGACUUUGUAAUAACAGUGGUGUCUAAAACAGUGCUAUAAAUUGGUGAGGUAUAAACCCAGUUAGGAAGUGGGCCGUAUUGAUACGAGUAACAGUCUAGCAAAAUUCCUUAGCCUCAUGGAAAGCUUGUGGAUGUGCAACUGGUUUUCUGUGUCUUGUGAUUCUUGCUGCAGCCCAACAACUAUUAUAAACAUCUGUGUUUGAAAAUGUGUUAAAAUGGUUUGUGAUACAAUUUGAGUGGAAGUGGAUGGGGUGCUAUAUAGAAAACAGAAGUUGUUUGAUAGGCAGACAUCUUUCUCUUCAACACCCCAAUCAAUCAGUUUUACUGUGUAAAAUGAGUAUUUCACAGCAGUGUGAUCCUGUAACCACUACUGUAUACUCGUCAAUUUUCUGUGAAUAAGUUUUCAUUGAGAAUCACAACUUCAGGUCUGAAAUUUUAAAGAUAUGGUUUAGCAAGGUUAUAUUUUGUUUCUCUUGACCCACAAAUCUGUUUAUACUUUAAAAUUUUGCCGUUGUCUCAAGGAAAAUUAGUUCCAAAAUAACUGAUGUUAACAGGGCAUUAAAACAAUUAUGUGAUUUCAGAGAAAGUAGAAGGUUUUUGUUCUGUUUUACGAAGAAAAUGCAUCCAACUGGUUAAUACUUGUUGGCAUUGACAAGAUGCGCCAUAGGUGGGUGUAUCAUCACAGAAGUAUUAUACAGUUGUCUAUUUCUUUUGCAGUCAUUUUUAACAAGAGAUGUUUGCUAUUUACUGUUUUUAUCCAUGUGGCAAUUCUAAAACUGAGUCCAAAACAUAAGUAAUGUAACCCUUGUUAUCAGAGAUGUCCUCAAAGUUAGCAGCUUAGUUUAAAGAUUUGUAAAUAUUUUUAAAUAAACAGGUGGUUGCACUUUUUGACCUCAAUAAUAAAGAAUCCAAAAUAUAA